AGUUCUCGGCGCCGCUGCCCGUGCCCUUGCGGCGCCAUGGCGGGGUACUGGGACGGGCCCGAGGGCGAGCAGUGCCCGCGCCGCGCCUGGCUCACCACGAGGGUGGGCGCCGCCGCCGGCCUCAUCGGAGCCGCGUACCGCAUCAUCCUGCUGCAGCCCGGCACGGCUCUGGCCGCCGUGCAGAUGGCGGCGGUGGACACGGUCACCAUGGCCACGCUGGGGGCCGUGUUUGGUGUGACGACCUGCCUCAGUGCCGAGAUCCGGGAGAAGCCGGAGGACCCCUUGAACUACUUCAUAGGAGGCUGUGCCUCAGGAGCCAUCAUUGGGGCAAGAACUCACAAUUACUUCACCGGUACCAUGUCCUGUUUGGGGCUUGGGAUCACUGCUGCCCUCAUGAAGAUUGGCAACAAGGAGGGCUGGAGGCUGACGGGACCUCCCAAGCUGUGACUGUAGCCUUGCCCUGUGAGCUCUCCUGGGAAUGCUCUGUGGAAUGAGGCUCUGUGGAAUAAAGAUGCUGGCAAAUCAA